UGAGCCUUAGACGAGGUCGCUUAGGCAAUUUUUUAAUUGCCGUCUCGGGAAGGUCUUCGUAAGUUACACUACUAAACACAAGGUAAAGGAACCGCAGCUUCUAGCUUCCAAUGAACCUCUUUACGUGCAGCAUCGGAGACUCCAGUGGUUGAUGCUAAUUUUUUUAAAUUUACAAAAAAAGCCCUCAGGCUGCUUGCUACAGGAAAAACAAGUAUCUUAUUAUCAUCGUAAUCCAGUAUUUGGCAUAAAUUGUGGACAAAAAGGCCGGCACUCCAUGAGCGCAAAGGUCGAGGAUGCGUGAGCAGAAGUUAAAUCAGACGUACAUAUCUCACGUUGUGGAGUACACCAAGUGUCUAUUGAAGAGUAUAAAUCGUUAUCCUAUUCCAAUUAAGCACCAGUAACUACUGACGGUGAAGUCAUGAUACCUACAGUCAUUGGCAUUUUCAUUCUACUUGUGGUAGUCUAUGUCGUGCCCACAAUAUGGCAACGCCGCCACCUUCCGCCGGGUCCAUUUCCUUUGCCCUUGGUUGGAAAUGUUCUCUCAAUUGAUCUUAAGAGACCAUACACUGCCUUUGCUGACAUGGCCAAAAAGUACGGCAAGUUAUUCCGAAUCCUUAUGGGCAGACAACAGGUGAUUGUUAUAAAUAGUUACGAAAUCGCGAGAGAAGCUCUCGUCACAAAAGCGGCAGAUUUCGCCGGUCGACCACGACAUUUCUUCGGCGAUAUUUUUGGCCGAAAUUGUACCGAUAUCGCAUUUCAAUCUUUAAGUAGCAGAUGGAAAAUACAGCAUAAACUUGCGAUAACAGCUCUGCGUCUGACCGAGGACAAAGCCAACUUGGCUGACCAUGUAGAAAAGUUAUGCAGCAGAUUCAACUCUUUUAAUGGUAAUCUAUUCUGUCCCCAAGAUAUAGUCAUCAACUCUUUGGCUAAUUGUCUCUCCUCUCUAAUUUUUGGCAAAGAACUCAAACUGGAUGAUCGUGAGGUAGAAAUGCUCGUAGAGGCCGUUAGUGUUUUUCGAGAUUCACUCGCUGCAGUUAACAUGAUCAACACUUUCCCAAUGUUGAAGUAUAUUCCUUUUGACAUCAUAAGGAAAGCAAAGCGCGCUGGAGAAAUCCGAGAUGAAAUUUUUGAAAGGAAGUUUGGAGAACAUAUCUUGACCUUUCAGAAGGGCUAUACCCGUGAUUUGAUUGAUGCCUUGCUGAUGGGCUUCUAUGAAAUGGCUGAAGAUGGUUUACUUACCAAGCGGCAUUUAAUCUCGAGCGCCUCUGAUUUCUUUUUCCCUGGUACCGAAACUCCCUCAACUGUUAUCACGUGGGCCAUAUUUUAUCUCAUCAAACACCCAGAUAUGCAGGACAGGCUCCAUCAUCAGUUGGAUGACGUCAUAGGCAGUACUAACCGCUUGCCAGAGUUUUCUGACAAACCAAACUUGCCCUUUUUGGAUGCAUUCAUCACUGAGGUUCACCGUAUUGUGAGUGAAACUCCGUUAGCUGUUCCCCACUCAACAACUUGUGACACGUCCCUCGCUGGAUUUAAGAUCCCUCGGGACAUGACUGUGAUUAUUAAUCUCUGGGCCAUCCACCAUGAUCCAGAUAUCUGGGCCGACCCAUUCAGCUUCCGCCCAGAGCGCUUCUUGGACGAACACGGCCGUCUACACGUGGAGGGCGUCAUGUCAUUCUCAGCAGGAAAGCGCAAGUGCCCAGGACAGUCUUUUGCGAAGAAAGCAGUUUUCUUGUAUCUCGCCCAGUUGCUGAGCAGAUUCAGAUUUGAGUGCCCCCAGGGAACAACAUUACCCAAGGAGGAGGAGAGCGUGUACGGAAUAGUGAUUGAGAGUAAGCCUUUUCAAGUACGUGCCAUACCUAGAAAAAGGAAAGAGCAGUAAUUAGCAGACUACAGUACAACAAGAAAAAGUUAUCAGAGACUAUGAGACAUCAGUCACAUCCGAGGAAUUUCUUUUGUUCAGUAUUAUUAUAAUAUGCAGUGUGAAACUUCGGUAUUGCGUUACAUUAUGUUACGUUAUGUCACGAGAUAUUUCAAUAAAUCAGGACAUUUAACGAAUAUAGGCGAUCCUCGUAGUUAUGAAUUAGAAAGUUCAAAGUUAGAACGUUAUUAAAAUGCAUAAAAAAUUAUAGAAACUGUUAGUAAAAUAUUUUGACGACGUUUUGACGUUGCUUCACGUCAUCAUCAAGUCAAGUGUGAAAAUGCAAGUAAAAAUUCAAAAAGUAAUAAAACUUAAAGGAAAGAAUGUCUUUGUCCCCGUGGGUAUAGUUCCUAAAGGUAAAUGAUAACUAAAUGUCAGGUAAAAAGUUUUGCGCGCAUUGAUGUUCCGAAUAAAUAGCAUUUCGCAGGUGAAA